CCCUGACAUCUGCAGGUCCAUUGUUGCACGGCUACAUGGUGUUUGACGUCCUCCCUCCCAGGGUCAACUGCGGAUGGCAAAAAAGAAACACAGUUGAUCCCUCUGUCAUAGGAAUGGGAAUAACGAAAGUAAAACGUGCCCUUACAGGGGAUCGUCACUGGAUCACAGAAGCACCUUCAUACACACUGUGUCUGUCUGCAAGCAUAAGGCGGCAUUCUUUCUCGGCACGAUUUUUUGCCAUGACUGGGCUAGGUGGCAUCAUUAUUGUGUAGUUGGGCUAGCCAAGUUGUGCGACUAACACAAGAUGACGAAUUCAAGGUAUCAAAGACUGUGCACUGUAACGCCGCCCCUCAGACGCUCUGCCAGAAUCAGCUGUGCGCGUGCUGCAGGUUUGGGCACCUGCAUCACGCAUUCCACCGACGACGAAGCCGACUCAGCUUCCCUAUCAACGAUGAUGGCGUCAAUGAAAUUGACGAUGCCAUAUCUGUGGCCACGAAGGUGCCGCGUUUGCAAGAAGACACUGUCCGGCAGAGGGGCACUCGUCAAGCACAUGCGCUCACACACGGGGGAAAAGCCGUUUUCCUGUUCCUCGUGUCCGGCCGCCUUUAGUUCUCAAUCCCUGCUUAGGUUACACCUCCGAACGCACUCUGGUGAGAGGCCUUACAAGUGCGACAUUUGCGAAAGCUCCUUCACUCAGCGAACUCCACUGAUCCACCACCGACGUACUCACACGGGCGAGAGGCCGUAUGAAUGCUCUCUCUGUCCAGCAACAUUUGCAAAGCUUGACACACUUACACAGCACAAGCGAACGCACACGGGUGAGAAGCUGUAUCAGUGCGACGUGUGUCACCGCAGGUUCACACAAAUGUCGUCGCUUGUAGGACACUCGCGCGUACACACGGGCGAGAAGUUGUUUGCAUGUCCCGCUUGCCCAGCAGUGUUCACUCAUCGUAAGACUCUAGACAAUCACCAGAGGACGCACACAGGAGAGAAACCGUACAGGUGUCACGUGUGUGGCCACCGGUUCUCGCAACAGGGAAACCUGAAGCGCCACGUGCAGCUUCACGCAGUCGAGAAGCGACACAAGUGCAGCCUGUGUGCCGCAGUGUUUGCCUUAAAAGAAUCGCUGGAGGCCCACGAGUUGUCGCACAAAUCUGAGCGUCCUUUUAAGUGCCGCACGUGCCCGGCUUCUUUUGUCCACGAACAAAACAGGGAUGCCCACGAACGGGUGCAUACAGGUGAAGUGUCAUUCGCGUGUUCCGUGUGUGACAAGAAUUUCUCUGCACUGCGGCGACUCCAAAGGCACCUCCUCACUCACACAGGUGAGAAAACGGUCGAGUGCAGCAUUUGCAAGAAGCAUUUCACACGAACCUGCAGCUUAACACGCCACAUGCGGAUACACGUUAAGAAAAACGAAGCCUAAGUGCUGCAAAAAACGUCUUUUUUUUUGCCGUAUUUACACGAUUAUAAUGCAAGGGGGGAUUCAGAAAGAAAGAAAAUUAGUGCUAUGAUUAUAGCACAAGCUAGAGACUUAAGAGCAGCCACAGUAGAGUACGUAUAAGAGGAGACUGCGCAGGAAAUUUGCAACGUGAGGUACCUAUGUGUACUCAGCGUUGCUACUCCAUUCGUUAUACCAGUCAUUCAAUUCUCUUUAUGGUCACGAAACUGCGCCGUCACGCUAUGGGCGAGCUUCAUACGCUGCUCGAAAAUGCCGCAACGCGCCGCCGCUGCGCCACAGAGGCGAUCGUCUGCGCCGUCUGCGUAUUGAAAUACUCGCGCAGUGCGAGACAAGCUGCUGGAUAUGAUAUGUUUUAAGUUAGCGGA